AUGUCAUUCGGGAACGGUGGAGGCGGCACCUUGACGCUGCCCAGCCCUACUCACCCCAACCACAUCGACGUCCAAGCCGCUGUGCGGUCAUUGAGACGAUCGUUGUCGCGUUCGCCUUCCAAAUUUCAGCUGGCAAGGACAUCAUCGCAGAGCUCAGAUCACUCCAUGACCUCUACUUACUCACCAAACUCGCCGUCGCCCGCCUCGCCUUCUCUGCGACGCAUGGCAUCUCAGCAAUUUGGUGCUUUCAGUUCGCAAAACAACGCCCCCACAACACAAUCGGUGCUUGCGCAAUCGUCGCUCGCAACGCCCUUUCGACCCAGUGUCAAGCUGUCACUGCGCUCUGCCAAAUCUUCAGCAAAGCUCAACUCGUGCAACUCUUCCGCAUCCAAAUCAUCUGUUACGCGACACCGCACCUCCCCGAAGAGCCCGACGAAACGCGCUUUGAAUGUCGCUUCGCCCUGCGCUGGAAACUCGACUCCCUCACCGAGCGACUCUCCUCCCUCUGGCCAGGAGAACAGUAUUUUCCGACCGCGCAGUCCCGCUCCGAGAAGAAGCUUCGAGAAGGCUAAGAGCCGACACAGCAUGCAUUUGGAUAUGUCGGGCGCAUCGCUGCAAGCUAUUGCGCGAAUCAAUGACAGCAACGUUUCGAGCACAAACGCUAGUCCCUUAAAGCGUAGUGAUGCGACUAUAGAUUUGGACCAGGCCAACUUUGGAAGUGGUAGCCCCAAGGCUAAACGAAGGAGCUACGGCCCAUCAAGCUUUGGAUCUGAAUUCAAUUUUGAAGAUCAUGGCCCCAUCUCGCCCAGCUUUGACAUCCAUGAUGAGGCAAGCCGAGAGUAUGACUGGACCGGCUCUGGUAAUAACAAAACCAUCACCGAACCGUUUGCCUCCCCAGUCGCUGCAUCACUACCCCGACGACACACUUCCCUGCGUCAGUCCACGCUUCAACAGCGUCAGGAGAAGAAGAAGACAUCAUGGGGCAGACGGUCUGGCGCCCAGCAUCUGUCGCAGAUGUCCAACGAGGCUGCGUCGCCCGCGCGAACACGACCACGGGUGGCUUCCGAUCACUUCAUGCCUCUAUCUCGUGACAGCCCGUUCAGCUCCCAAGGGCCUCUCCCAAAUGCAUCUGCUCAUGCCAUGAGCCAGCAGGCAGCUCAGCCUCAUCCCCUGUCACGAACAAUGACAGCUUCGUCGUCGAACUCGAGUAUCCCUGAUGAAUCGCCCACGCAUUUUCCCAUCAUCAGCGAGAGGCCUCGAGCUCAGAUGAACUGGUCCAAGAGUUUGCCCAUCGGCGCUUUGCGUCCCACUCCUGAUGACGAUGCCCAAGUCGUUGGGAGUGUCUCAACACCAGACUACAAACACGCCAAACCAUUCAUGGGCGCCUUUGCAUCGACUGGACUUGUAUCGAAGAUGAGGAACCCAGAGCUGGAGCCGCUGGUUGCUCGUGGAGCACCUGUGCCGGAUACGCCGUGCAAGGGCCGUGUUAGCCCCUUCCACACCUUCCCCCCUCUUUUGGCCAGCAACAUGAAGUCCCGAGGCAGAAAUGCUCGAGGAUCCCUGGGCUCCUUGGGAGGACCUUCCACCCCUUUCAACCUCGGAGAUGGCCAACCAGCAGCACCGAAUACGUUUGGCAGCCCCAGUGGCAGACCAAAUCUAUUCACUGGUUUUGGAAGACGUCAUGCCCGAUCCAAUAGUAUCCUAAGCCUCUACAGUGACGAUGGUAGGAGCCCCGUCGAUAUAAAUGGUGACACUCCCAUGAUGGCAACGGAUGACGCACCUCCCACACCGACUAGGCCGACAUCCUUCUUGUCCCAAACCUCUAGCGGUCUUGACCUGAUGGUCAACGAUAGCCCUACGGCAAACCGUCAUAUCGCCGCCCCUGUCUCUGCCAUUGGCAAAAGCGCAUGGCGCGAUGAUUCUGCAGCAAGCUGUAAGUUUAGCACUUCCGAUGGGCCCUGUGAGGAUAGGAAUGUCGAGGAUGUUGUGUCUACUGAAGGCGCGUCUGACUCGGCUUCGCCUAUCGCUCGGGGACCGAUGCUUCCUAUUACUCUCUCCUUGUCGUCCUUUCGUCGAAAUCGAGCCAAGCGUGGAGACCACUCCACGCCCACUCCUCUGAUUACGAGGACAGUGUCCUCGAUCGAGAUUCCUUCAACCUUGAAAAGAAACGAGUUUGCUAAACAUGAAACUAUCACAGCGAGUCCUUUGGAAAGAUUAGAUUUUGCCGAGAGCACCACGCCUAGAACACCUCAAGACAUCGACGCUGCACCUGAUGCAAGCCGCUUGUCGAUUUCGAACCCCACUGCUGGUUCUUUGUUCCCAUUUCCGACCAGCAGCAGAAAGUCAUUGUUCCCUCCUGCGACACCAACAACGCGAUCAAAUAACACCUCACUCUUCGGCGAUCGCCGCGCAAUCACACCAACCAACGGCAACACUGCUGCUCAGAUCGAUGCGUCACUUUCAAGUCGAUUUGCCAAUAUUGAGUUCAUUGGUAAAGGCGAGUUCUCCGAAGUAUUCAAAGUGUCAGAGAGAGAGAAGCCUGCAGCCACACCAACACUGGGACUCUUUAGCACACCCACGCACCGUUCUUCCCCCUCCCCGCCACUUGACAAGGUUUUUGCCGUCAAGAAGCUUAAGCUCCCGCUCAAAGGCUCAGCCGACAGGGCAAUGCGACUGCGGGAAGUGGCAGCUUUGGAGGCCAUGCGUGGCUGCGAACACGUCCUUCAACUGACCAGCAGUUGGGAGGAGUUGAACAACCUGUACAUCCAGACGGAGUACUGUGAAGAGGGAAGCCUUGAUGUCUUCCUUGCGCAAGUUGGUGUUAAGGGCAAACUUGACGAUUUUAGAAUCUGGAAGGUCAUGCUGGAGUUAAGCCAGGGCUUACAGCACAUACACAAUGCUGGAUUCGUCCACCUCGACCUCAAACCUUCGAACAUUCUUAUUGACUUUGAGGGUACUCUCAAGAUUGGUGAUUUUGGCAUGGCCGCAGCCCUGCCCGUCAUCAAAGGGCCAGAUUUCGAGGGCGACCGAGAGUACCUAGCUUAUGAAGUGCUUCGUGGCGAGAUUGACAAGCCUGCUGACAUAUUUUCACUUGGUCUGAUCAUGCUCGAGGUUGCAGCAAACGUCAAGCUCCCGGACAAUGGUGCCACCUGGCAGGCUUUGCGAUUUGGCGACUUCAGUGAGAUCCCGGUUCUUACCAAAGAAGAUGAAACUAUUGCUCGAGAUGCUACUGGUCUCCCCAUCGAAGAGAUCAACAGCGCAAUGACCCCGGAUGAGACUACCGAAAACAAGCAGCUACAGCUUCGUCGCGCCAUGACCCCUCGUAGCGUUGCCCGGCAGUCUGGUAACUUGUUCGGUCUGGGCCGAAAGAAUGAGCUUUCACAGCCACCAACCUUCAUGCAGGACGCGAGCGAUUCCAACUCACUGGACAACGUUAUCAAAUGGAUGCUCCACCCUGAGCCGACACAACGGCCUACUGUUUUGCAGUUGCUGGAGCUCCACGCCCUUCAAUGGGUAGCUUCCCGUCAGCGAGCGGGUGCUACGGUGUUUGAAGGCAAUUGGGGACCAGCAGAUGAAACCUUAGAACCAAUGUCUCUCGACACAGAGAUGACGGACGUUUAA